CAAAGAUUCUGAAUUGCAAAAAAGCCCAUUCUUUUUGCCCAAAAAAAAAAAAAAACAGUGAAGAAGAGGUUGAACUUGGGUUGAGCAGCCUCCACCAUAUCUAUAUCUAUAUAUAUAUAUACACACAUAUAUAUAUAGGGAUUCUCAAAGGUUGUCUCAAACACUUAUCUUCUUUCCUCACCAUUACCCAGAUCUCUGUAUAUACAUACACACACGCACGCGCGCGUGUUCUCUAAUUGUGUAUGUGUAUAUAUAGCUGUAUCUCUAUAUCUGCACCGUACUGUGUUUGAGCUAACCCCAUUUCUUCUCUUUCUUGAUAAUUUCAUCUUAUCUCCUUCCUCAUUUCAUUGGCAGAUCUAGGGUUCUAAUUUCUGUAUAAGGGUUUUAGUAGGGUUUUUCUUUUUACCAAUUCCCACCAUGGCUACUUCGUUUCCUAUUCCGGUCACCGCUGCUCAGGUUGGAACGUACUUUGUCGGGCAAUACUACCAAGUGCUUCAGCAACAACCGGAGUAUGUUCACCAGUUUUACUCCGAUGCCAGUACCAUGCGUCGUGUUGAUGGUACUACUGUAGAGACCGCCUCUGCAAUGCUGCAAAUCCAUUCUCUUAUUAUGUCCCUUAAUUACACGGGAAUUGAGAUUAGGACAGCACAUGCCCUGGAAUCUUGGAAUGCUGGAGUUCUUGUAAUGGUUUCGGGCUCUGUGCAAUUAAAGGAUUUCAGCAGUAGGAGGAAAUUUAUGCAAUCUUUUUUCCUUGCGCCCCAGGAAAAGGGCUACUUUGUACUUAAUGAUAUUUUUCAGUUCAUUGAUGAAGAACCAAUCCAUCAUCAUAAUCAUCAUCCCACAGUCAUGUUAGCCCAGGCUAAUCUCGAUUCCAACCGAACUGUUUCAACAACAGCCCCUGAGCCAGUAUCCUAUGAUAUGCUGGGUGGAGAAAUACACACAAGAGAGUUUGUGGCUCCUGAUAUCAAUGAAAAUGGUCCAGUCGACAAUUAUGGCUUUGCAGAGCAGCAAUUACAGCAAGUUGUUGAGUCUGAACCCAUAAUGGAGGACAACUCUGUAGAUCACUCGAAUGGUACGGUUCAGAAUGCAGUGAAUUCUUUACAAGACCAACUGCCUUCAUCUGUUGAGGAACCAGUUGGGGAGACCCAUAAGCACACUUAUGCUUCUAUAUUACGCGUUGCUAAAGGACAGCCUACACCUUCUGUAGCUUCUCAGAAUUCAGUUAACAAGAAUGCUCCACCGGCUUCAGAAUGGGAUCAGUCUCCACCAUCCACUGCUCAGCAACCCAUUGGAUCAUCAAAUACAGUUGAAAGAUCAGUUGUAGAGACCACAUAUGAAGUUACCUCACUGGAAGAUGAAGGUGAAAUCAAAUCUGUGUAUGUGAGAAACUUGCCACCUACUGUGUCUCCUUUCGAAAUUGAAGAGGAAUUUAAGAAUUUCGGUAAACUAAAGCAACCUGAGGGCGUGGUCAUUAGGAGUCGCAAGGAUGUUGGUAUUUGUUAUGCAUUUGUCGAGUUUGAAGACAUUACCGGUGUUCAAAAUGCAGUCCAGGCUGCAACUGUUCAGAUUGCUGGACGACAAGUAUACAUUGAAGAACGCAGACCAAACAGCAUCCCAUCUCGAUUAGCAAGAAGGGGUAGAGGAAGGGGAAGCUACCAAGUAGAUGCUCCUCGGGGUCGAUAUGUUUCCCGCAGUUUUGGACGGGAAGGCAAUCAUGACGGAGGCGACCGUGACUACAACAAUAGACCAAGAGGAAAUGGUUUCUACAGGGCAAACUCAGGUUACCAACCAACAAGGAAUGGGACAGAUUUUACAAGUUAAGAUUAUUUUACUACAUAAAUUUUUGCUCCAGUCAUUUCAACUCAGAAGAACACCUCUUAGUAAGUAGCAUCUGAUUUAUUAUUCCCUACAGUCGAUUUAACUUAUUAGAUAUAUUGGGUAACUAGUUUGUAUUCUUUUUGCUCUUCAAAAAGUUAAGCUUUUUCACAUACAUAUAUUCUUAAUUAAAGAAUGAUAUGCUUGCAAUUUUGAGCUCAGGAUAUUUAUUGAGUUGUAUUCUUAUUUAUUCAUUUUCUUGACACUUAAAUAUAGUUACCACUUGUUUAUCCAGUGGAAUAAAUAAAUUAUUAAAUAUGCA